CAUGUAAAGUAUAUAUAUCAUCGCCCUCUGAUCGGUAAUUAUAAUGCGUAUCUACGUAAGACAAUGAAGUACUACUAUCAUACAGCUUUCCUACUGUUCGUCUGCUGCGUUCAGGUUGCUCUUUGUCUAAGAGCACAUGAUAUUGUAGCUGAGGCAAAUAAACACAUAGACUGGACAAAAUGGGCAAAAUCCAGUUCGUAUAGUUCCAGAUUCGGGCCCGGUACAAACAAAUGCAACCUUUUUGUCUAUGAUGUUCUAAAGGCUGUCGGUGCAGAUCCACCUUCAAGACAUUGGUAUAUCUACAGUCCCAUCAGUGCGGCAGAAUGGGGAAACCCAAGUUCAUCCGCUCUCGGAGGUAAACGCUGUUGGAACGUAUGCACGGGAGGCCAACAGAAUGGUGACGUAAUCAGCGACACAGUACAUGUUGGUAUCGUAACUGGCUAUCAUUUGACAACAAGUGCAGCAACAUACAAAGUUGAGCGGGGCAACUGGGGGUACCGAUCCAGUGGUGAAUUUGGUUCUUCAGACUCAAUUACAGGUUGUUGGCGCUAUGACUACAAUGGUUGCUAGCUACAUUUAUGAAAUUCAAAGUACUGUUAUGUAUUUGCCUGCAUAAAGACAAAAACUGUCGAA